GGAAAAAACAGAAGUUUCUCUGUUAAGCCAUAAAUGCCUUUACACUGGGUAAAUGUCCCGGUUGCAGAUGUUUAUGAAGACGAUCUAAUUUUGCUCGUGAUGCGAGGACAGUUUGAGUCAGAGACACUUUAACGAAGGUCUGAGAAGUGACAGAAGAAUACGUGAGGAGCGACGAUGCCUGUGCCUCCUCCACCGCCACCUCCAGCACCUCCCCCAACCUUUGCUGCGGCAAAUACAGAAAAACCAUCACUCAACAAGUCUGAACAGCAGGGAAGAAAUGCUCUUUUAUCAGACAUCAACAAAGGCGCUCGCUUGAAGAAGGCCAUCACUAAUGACCGGAGUGCUCCAGUAUUUGACAAGCCCAAAGGUGGAGCUGGAGGAAUGGGAGGCGGGGGAGGUGGAGGAGGCGGAGGAGGAGGCGGAGGAGGUGGAGGAUUUGGUGGGGCACCAGCAGGGGGGCUAGGAGGACUUUUCCAAGGAGGGAUGCCAAAGCUCAGAUCUGCUGGGAACAGAGACAGUAACGAUGCCGUGUCUCCGAGGCCUCCUAUGCCACCUGGCGGGGGAAGGUCUCCGGGAGCCAGGCCCCCAGGGGGCAGCACAGGCACCCCACCCCGGCUACCAGGUGCACCCCCAACCCACCGUGGCAGUGUCCCAGACCUGCCCAAGCCCCGACAUGAGCCGGCUGGGCCUCCACCACCUGUUCCCAGUACCCCACGGCCGAACCAAGGAAGCAGCCAGAAUCGAGGCCUCCCUCCUGUGCCUGCGGGGGGUCGAUCACCAAGCACUGGCCCCAUGCCCCCGCCGCCUGCCCUGCCUGGCCGACACUCGAGCGAGCCCCCCGCAUCCAGCCGCCAACCACCUUUGCCUGCCCCCCCUGUGCCUGGCAGCGGACGGCCCUCCCUCCCUCCUGCCCCUAGCAGGGCUUCAGAUGAUCGUCCCCCCCCUGUGCCUAUGGGAAGCAGGCAGCCUUUUUCCCGGGAAGGACCCCCACAGCCUCCCCCGCAGCCUCGUACACCCAACAGCAAGCCACAGGGCUCCCCUGCACCGCGGCCCCCUUCGAGCAGUGCCCCACCCCUGCCCCCAGGUCGACCUGGCCCCCCUCCUCCCACACCUCCCAGUGAUGAACAAAUUCCCAGGUUACCACAGCGAAACGUGUCCCUCAGUUCUCCUGCCCCCAUCCCCACCACCCCUCCAGGCCGCAGUGGCCCUUUACCCCCACCCCCUAAUGAGAGACCGCCCCCUCCUGGUAGAAACCCACCUGGGAGAACAGGUCCUCUGCCUCCACCCCCACCCACAGGGAGGUCAGGCAGCAAUGUACGGGCAUCAGCCCCGCCCCCACCGAAUCGACCAGGACCGGAGCCUCCAAGAGGAGGUCCCAGACCUCCACCCCCACCAGAGAGACCGGCCGUUGGGGGACCGCCACUUCCCCCUCCCCCCAUUGGCAACGGUUACCAGAAUUCCUACCAACACUCCACAGACGACUGGGAGGGCAGAUUCACUUUUCACCCUGUGUCAGAGCUUCCCUCACCAGAGCCCUAUAUACCUUCCCAGAAGACCUACCCAAGCAGGAUGGGGAAGGGUGAGAACAGAGGUUCUGGAAAAAAGGAAAGAGGUGCACCCCCGUUGCCCCCCAUUCCUCGGUGAAGAGUUCAGCAGCCCCACAUCCUGCCACUCAGUCCUCCAGCCCCCCACCUGCUGCUCGCAGUACACCCAGUUACCCAAACCUGCCUCCUCUUUUCUCCUGUGCAUAUUUUACUUACUGAGUCUUUUUACAUCUGACAGCAUUGGAAGUAAUUGAUAUUUCUAAGAUGGAAGUAAUUGAUAUUUCUAAGCUGGAAGUAAUUGGUAUUUCUAAGCUGUUUCCAUAUGGGCUCAUUUUUCUAAUUUAAUUUUAACUUUUUGUAGAUUAUUUACCAUUUGACAUUAUACAGGAACAAUUUUAUAUAAAAAGUUAAUGUCACCCUGCAGGGCCAAAAGAAUUGCACAUACACACCCAUGCUAUUUGUCUUCAACUAUUGUAUAUCUAAUGUUUUAUAUCAGAAUAUUCACUAGUGUUUCUCAAAGCAAGCCAGUGCAAGCAAUGCUAGUUUUUAAACUUCAUUGUUAUUAGGAAAUCCUAAUGCUUUUAUUUUUUAUAAAGAACAGGUGUCUCCCUGGUGGAGAGACUCAAAAUAGAUUAGAGAAAAUGUUCAACAGGGGCGUAUAACAGAUGAAUUUCAAUAUGGUGUUAUUCUGCUUUGUAUGAGUAAAAAAGAAGGAUUUACAUUUAAUAAUUAAAUUACAUUAAAUAGCCAGUGUCAUGUGUUUUGUGUGGUUAAUUAGGUUUCUAAAAGAAUAAUAAUAAAUCUGUUGAGUUGACAGUAUUCCUAUAAUUUAAAUCUGUUUAUAACAGAACUGUAAAGAAAAUGUAUCUAUCAAUUCUCUUGUUAAAAGUUAAAUGUAUAAUUAACAAACAAUGUUUCACUCUAAGUGUGAUACUGAGUGUGACUAUAAAUGAUUUUCUAAUGUU